AUGAUGCAUCAGCUGUUUACCAAACGGAACACCCCAAAAAUGUCCGAGAACGAAGAUAACGCGCACUGCGAGGCUACGGCCAUCGAUGAGGACUGGCAGAUGGUAGCGCCACCAUCGGAGUCGGCACCAACGACAGAUGCUCACGAGCAGAGCAGCCACUCUGAGCAGCCACGGGGCUCUUUCCUGCCAUUGACAGAAGCAUCUAGAUCGGCACAGUCACCGCCAGACUCAUACGCAGCGAAGCUGAAAACAGGUAUAUCAGAGCAAGAAGACGCCACCAUCGCGAUGAACCGACUCACAGCGAGCGUGCAGGCACAAAGCGCAGACCUGACCAAUGCAGUCAAGAAGCUGAACCAAGAGCGUGAGCUUCUGGCCAAGGAGCGCAAGCGCCUCCAGGACAAGAACAUCACCGAGCAAGCCGAGAUCCAUGCACAGCUUAACCGCCAGGUCAUCGCGAUGCACAACUCGGUAGUCGCCAAAGGCGAAGAGGAGAGGCAGAAACUCCACGAUGAGCUCAAGAGCGGAUUUGAUGCGGAUAUGGCGCGGAUGUCGAGGGAGUUCCAGGUGGCGCUCGAUGAAGAGGCGAAGAAACGUCGACGAGUUUUGGAGGAGGUCAGUGACCGGGUCGUGGAGGACAGGAAGGCGUCAGAGACACGGAUAUCUGCAGUUCAGCAACAGUGCCAAGCACUUCAGCAGCAGGUGUCGAGUGUUGAGCAGCGAGUUUCAGGUGUCGAGCAAUGUCUACGACCGAGAUCGCAGGAGACACGUCCGACGAGUUCGCAACAAGAGAGACGCCCGGCGAUUGUUGGCUACGAGCGAUCUCGACCGACUGGUCCGACGGGUCCAGCUCCAAGAUCACGCAUGGAUGUCAAUGCUGCCAAUGCCGCGGCGCAGCGCCAAAGGGCUGAGAAUCAACAAGGCAGAUCGAGGGCCAGUGAAGACACUGUACGGGCGCAUGCUGCACAUAUGGCGAGUGGUCGGUGGGUGUAUGAUUGCGAGCUUUGUGCUUGA